AUGGACACUCUGGAGUCAGAGCUGACCUGUCCAAUCUGCUUGGAGCUAUUUGAAGACCCACUUCUGCUCCCCUGCGCCCACAGCCUUUGCUUCGGCUGCGCCCAUCGCAUCCUCGUCUCCCACUGCGCCACCAACGAAUCGGUUCAGAGCAUCGGCGCCUUUCAGUGCCCUACCUGUAGAUAUGUUAUUUCUCUGAGUCCCGAGCGUGGAUUAGAAGGCCUUAAGAGAAACGUAACCCUGCAGAACAUUAUCGAUCGAGUUCAGCGGGCUUCAUCCUCCGCCGGGCUGCCUCUGCCGCUGCCCGCGCCCCACAGCGGGCCCAACUCUCCCAGCGAGGAGGGAAGCAACCGGUUGGCACUGGUCCCAGUCAGCGCCGCCAUGUCCAGCCCAGGCACUCCUCCCGAGCCGGUCCAAUGCCAGUUCUGCGAGCAGGACCCCCCGCAGGACGCCGUCAAGACGUGCGUGACGUGUGAGGUGUCGUACUGCGAGGAAUGCCUCAGAGCGACGCACCCCAACAAGAAGCCGUUCACGGGCCAUCGGCUCAUCGAGCCCAUGCCGGACUCCCACCUCAGAGGGCUCCAGUGUCUGGAGCACGACGAGGAGAAGGUGAACAUGUACUGUGUCACCGACGACCAGCUCAUCUGCUCGCUGUGCAAACUGGUCGGACGGCACAGGGACCACCAGGUGGCAGCACUGAGUGACCGCUAUGAAAAACUCAAGCAAGCGCUGGAUUCCAACCUGACUAAUUUGAUCAAGAGGAACAACGAGCUGGAGUCACUAAUGGGGAAACUGAUCCAGACAUGUCAACAUGUAGAGGUGAACGCCUCGCGCCAGGAGGGCAAGCUCAUCGAGGAGUGCGACCUCCUGAUUGACAUCAUUCAGCAGAGGAGGCAGAUCAUUGGGAGCAAGAUCAAGGAGGGGAAGACACAGAGGCUUCGGAAGCUCGCCCAGCAGAUCACAAACUGCAAGCAGUGCAUCGAGAGGUCCUCGGCGCUGAUCACGCAGGCCGACCAGACGCUGAAGGAGACCGACCACGCUCGCUUCCUGCAGACUGCCAAGAGCAUCAACGAGAGGGUUUCCAUGGCAACAGCGUCAACCCAAGUGCUGAUCCCUGAGAUACACCUAACGGACACGUUCGACACCGUCGCCCUGGACUUCACCAGAGAGAAGAAGCUGCUGGAGAAUCUGGAUUACCUCACGGCUCCGAAUGCUCCGUGCAUACGAGAGGAGCUGUGCACGGCUUCCUACGACACCAUCACCGUCCACUGGACGUCUGACGAUGAAUUCACAGUGGUGUCCUAUGAGCUCCAGUAUGCCAUCUUCACGGGACAGUCCAACAUCGCCAGUCUCUGCAACUCCCUGGAGAGCUGGAUGAUUGUUCCCAACAUCAAGCAGAACCACUACACGGUGCACGGCCUGCAGAGCGGCACCAAGUACAUCUUUGUUGUCAAGGCCAUUAACCAGGCGGGAAGCAGAAGCAGUGAACCAGGGACUCUGAAGACCAACAGCCAGCCUUUCAAGCUGGACCCCAAGUCUGCUCACAAGAAGCUGAAGGUGUCCCACGACAACCUGACGGUGGAGCGGGACGAGACCACGUCCAAGAAGGGCCACAACCAGGAUCGCUUCUCCAGCCAGAGCAGCUAUGGCGUGGUGGGGAACACCUAUAUCGACAGCGGGCGCCACUACUGGGAGGCUCUAAUUGGAGGGAGCACAUGGUACGCGGUGGGCAUAGCCUACAAAUCCGCCCCCAAGCACGAGUGGAUCGGCAAGAACUCCUCCUCCUGGGUGCUGUGCCGCUGCAACAACUCCUGGGUGGUGCGCCACAACAGCAAGGAGCUGGCCAUCGAGCCCUCGCCCCACCUGCGGCGUGUCGGCGUCCUGCUGGACUACGACGCCGGCUACGUCACCUUCUACGACGCCGUGGGCUCCCAGCACCUGCACACGUUCCAGGUCACCUUCGUCCAGCCCGUGUGUCCCGUGUUCAACGUGUGGAAUAAGUGUUUGACCAUUCUCACUGGUCUGCCCAUCCCCGACCACCUGGAGGGAGUGGAUGCCGACAACUGAGGGAUGGAGAUGGACGAUGGAAAUAAAUCAGCAUAAACUGGCCUCAUUACCCUAAAGCUGCACUGGGCAAGAUUUGUAGAAUUACUCCCGCUCCCAUUGAGAACAGAAGUGUCCAUUCUGCUUCAAUUCACCACGAUCUGCUGCAUUUUAGCAAAUUACAUCCCACUCGUGUGCGGUUUGGCACCCAGAGGCGGUGACAAAAGGACAUGAGUCAGAUAAUGACGUCAGUCUCAAUCAGAUAUAAUCCCAACACUUGCUCCUGUUUGUCCAAAGUUGACUAGUGCAGCUUUACAGUGCAAAGACAAGAGGAAGAAGACCCAACUCCCGAGGCGUUAUUUCACCUUACCCCUCAAAAGUGGUUUUCAAUCGUUUACUAUGAUUUCUAACAGAGAAUAAGAUGCUGGUUCAUGUUGUAUUGACUCAAAAAGACUUGAUGGCAAUAAGCUGGAGUCAGUCCACAGGAAACAGGACAAAUGGACCUUGAUAGUACUCUAUGGCACUUUUGGGCUGCUAAGGGCGUAUUUGUACCAUGGCAACGAGGGAAUAAAAGCCACAAAUCAAUUUCUAUUUUUACUUUUUUGUUAUUUUACACCCUUUUAUCAGAUAUAGCACUUUGAAAAAUCCCUUAAAGUAUUAACACUAGAAACGUGCACAGAUUAACUCAAUCACAUUCCUUCUUUAUUCCAUCAUGGUUGCUAAAAAGACCAGAAUAGUGUAUAUUUUGUAAAACGCAUAGACUUCCCCCCUUAACUCCCCCUUCCCAUUAAAAAAAAAGAAACCAAAGCAGCUGUUGCUGUCUGUGCAGGUGUCUUUACAGAGAAUUCUACUCUUAAUAAAUGCUGAAUUAUUUUUAGAAA